CUUGUCUACACAGGUUCAGAGAACUGCAGAGACACCAGACGAGACACCAGAAGAGACUCCUGUACGGCCGGGUGAUUGGGUGAGGUUGAAAGUUCACAAAAGAAAGUGGGCUGAACCCAGGUGGACGGGUCCGUGGGAAGUUGUUGAAAGAACUUCACACGCUCUCCGGAUAAAAGGUAAAAAAGGAGCAAAUUGGCACCACCUGACACAUUGUCGCCCUGCACCGGCACCUUCCAGAAAGCUCUUGGAAGUUAGGACUGAUUUGGCAGAGCUGGAACAAAACGAUGAAUAAAAAAUCAAAACAAGAGAUAUUAAGAUAGAAACAGCUCAAAAGACGAAUUGUCUUUAGGUUUUAGAGAUUGGAUACUAAAACGGAAUACCCAUUCUUGUUUUACAUCUGAAACCUAUUUAUUCUAUCACCAAUAUUUUUGUUUUAUUAUUUUUAUUCUAUCAGUCCAAUAUUUUUGUUUUAUUAUUUCUUAUAUACUUUAUUUUUUGUAUUCAUUCAUUUUAAAACUCUCAAACUGAUAUAACCAUGGGUAAAAUUGAUGAAACGCCAUUGAAGAAGUCAGAACAUUUAAGGGGCCCCCUGGGAAUAAGAAUCGUAGUAACAUUGUUAGCUGUGUUCAUCUCAAUUGGCAUUUUCCUGGUUGGGUGGGGGGUACAGCAUCGUGAAGAACCCGAAUCCAUUCGAGCCCUCGUAGAAAAUGCCAAUAUCACUAACAAAACUUCAGCUGUGUUUAGGACAUUUCCAUUUACCCCCAGAGCCAAAAGAUCAGCUGAGAGACUGAAGGAGGGGUUGGAAAUACUCAUCCCCAGAGGUGAAGCGGUUACGGUCAGUCUUGAUGUGUGUGAUGUGGUUGUAUGUGGAGAGCUGCGAGAUAAAACAGGCCAUGACGUUUAUGGGUGCAUUCAUGCUUGGGGACGGCCAGAUGAUAAUUCAUGGUGUCCCGGUUCAGAGAAGGUAUACUGGAGUGCAAGGGCAGAAGGUAAUAACAAUCCCCCUGGUUUGGCGUUUAGGUCUCAGCUAUCUUUUUCCAAAGGUCGCCAUAGUGGAGAUAUGAGCAAACACAAUCCAAUAAUAAUUGCUUUUAAAAGCGCACUCACUCCCCAUUUCAAGAAACAGGGAGACGUCACUGCAUUCCAUUUACUGAUGGGGAUAGAAGUUCCUGGAAAAGACCCAAUGGGAUCAAUUUUAGUGAAGAUAAUUGACCCACCAGCAGAUGUAAUCCCUGAUCUCGCCCCAAAAUAUACUGAAUCACCCUUUAAACCAGAACCAGAAAUACCCCCUGCUAAAUCUGUGAACAAUCCACUGGUCACCUAUCUGAGUACGACCUCUAUACAGAAAGUCAUAGCAGUGGAAACAGGAUACGAGGACACGAAUUCUUGGUUAGACUGGGUUGUUUAUUCUGUUAAGCAGAGCAAGAUGGCGGACUGUCUGGCCUGUGCGGCUGCCCGACCAAGUUUAGGAACAGUGCCAUUUCCAUUUAACGCCCACAAUGAUCCAAGAGGACAACUCUGUAUGUACAAACUCUAUGGACAAAAAUCCCCAGCAGAUUGUGUCGACAUUGCACAAAAGUAUCCAGUGGUAAAAAUAAAUGACAUUCCACCUGACUUCACGUCUUACGAGGGACUGUAUGACUGCAUCACAAGGGACUACCUAAAAGGAUUGGACAGGGACCUGUGCACUGGUACAGCUAGUGAUGCCUUUUUAUGCAGUACCAAUGACGGCCGAGCAACUGAUAAACAUGGCAGUCCAACCCAAAGCAACUAG